GGCUUUUUAAAGGCUAUCCUGUUCACGUACGUGGGCAGCAGUUCGAAUAGAAUGGGAAAAUAAAAUGUAUACAUGUCAUACAAAAGUAUUACAUGAGUGUAUUAAGCAUUGCCAUGCACUUAAUCUCCGUAUAACGUCUUUCUUAUUCUUCCUUUGGGCGUAGGAACAACGAUAAUGGAAGACCAAGAGAGACAGAAGAAACUGGAGGCCGGUAAAGCAAAGCUUGCUGAAUACCGGCAGAGGAAAGCAGAGGCAGAUGGGCAGAAGAAAAGCAAGAAAAAGAGGAGAACGGUAGGGGCCCAGGGCCCAGGCCGCACGCGGGAUGAGGAGGAGUGUGACCAGCCGUUGGGCCAGGAGAAGACAGGGAGCAGAGCCAACUCCCCUGUCACUGAGUUCACCAUCAGCAGAAAGCUGCGCAGUGGAGAAACGGUCAAACAUGACCAGGUCUUCACCAUAGAGCCUGAAAGUGAGGUGUCCACAACAGCUGAAGACUGCACAUCAGAGGAGGAAGACCUGCGUGUUCCUGCAUCUCACUCUGAGCAUGAAGCCAAGGGCUUGCGAACAAGGAUUGAAAUGAUGGAUGAUGAACUGGCAGCAAAACAACAGGCCAUGGAGGAGCAGACCAAAGAGCUGGAGGAGAUAAGGACUGCCUUCAGCACAGAGCUGCAGAACUUCGAGGCGGCGGUAAACCAGCGCGAUGGCAUAAUAACUCAGCUCACCACCAACCUGCAGCAGGCUCGCAAAGAGAAGGACGACAUCAUGAGGGAGUUCCAGGAAAUGACGGAUCGGAGUCAGAAACUGCAGAUCCAGUUCCAGCAGCUUCAGGCGGGUGAAAACCUGAGGAACAGUAGCCACAGCAGUACCGCAGCAGACCUCCUCCAGGCCCGGGUGCAGAUCACCAGCAUCCAGCAACAGGUUGAGCAGAGAGAGACCCAGGCCAAGGUCUACUUGGAAAAGAUGGAUGAGCAGCAGUUACAAAUCAGUCAGCUUCAAUAUACCCUCAACCAAUCUGAAAUGUUGGUAAGAACACAAGAAGAAAACCUUUUACAAAGAUUAAAUGAAAAGGAUGCAGUGAUUGCAGAACAAAAGAGAAUUAUAGCUGAUCAUGAAAGCUUGCUGACAGUAAAACAUGAUCUGGAGGUGUCGCAGAAAUCAUUGAAUGAAUACCUAGAGCAGAUUACUGAGCAAACCAAAGAGUUGGAACAUUGUCAAAGUGAAUUAUCUAGUUCAAAGGAGAGGGAACUAAUGUCAUCGAGUGAAAUACGGCAGCUGAUGGGCGCUGUGGAGGACCUUCAGAAACGUAGUCACAAAGGCAGCCAGUCGGAAAGUGACACAAUGCACAAGUUGGAGGUGGAGAUGGAGCGGAAGAUGGAUCGACUGAGAGCGGAGCUGGACGAGAUGUAUGGACAGCAGAUCGUCCAGAUGAAACAGGAGCUCCAAAUGCAGCAUUCGUCCGAGAUGGAUAGACUGAGGGAACAGGAUAAAUCUGAACUUGAGAUGUUGCGAGCUCAGUCCUCCACAAACUUAGGUCAGAUAAAUGCACUGAAUGCGAAAAUUGCUGAACUUCAGCAGAACGUAGAAGAGGUCCAAUCACUGAAGAAGAAGGUGCACCACGAGCUGUUGCUUGAAUCUGAGGAGAAGCAGAAUCUCCUGGGUCAGGUGGAGAACCUGAAGCAGGAGCUUCAUUCUGUUAGGAAAGCAGAAAUAAUCUCCCAGAGUGUAAACAACCAGGAGCAGGAGCAGAAGCAGAAGCAGGGUGAGGUUCAGAGACUACAAUGCACCAUCGGCCACCUGGAGGCCCAGCUGGCAGCUAUAGAAGAAGCCAACAGGGAUUUGGAGUCCAAGCACGAAUCCGAAGUCACCAACUACAAGAUCAAGUUAGAAAUGCUGGAGCGUGAAAAGGAUGCAGUGCUGAGCAUGAUGGCGGAGUCCCAGGAAGCUGAGCUGGAGAGGGUGAGGACGCAAAUGCUCUUCAGUCACGAAGAGGAGCUCACCAACCUCAGGGAGGUCUUGCAGAAGGAGAGUGCUCUGCACCUCGAGAACCUCAAAGAUGAGAUGACCCUCAAGCAGAAACAUGCCAUUCACAACCUGCAGACCAGUCUUCAAGAGCAGCUUAGGGCGAUGGAGUGUGAAAAAGAGAGUUUGGCCACUGAAAAUGUGGCGCUGUUAAAUAAAAUCAAAGUGCUGGAGGAACGUCUGAAUCAGCCUGUGGAGAGUGCCAACUUGGUGGAGUCAUCCACGCAGCCAGAGGUACAACAGGUAGAGUUGGAGGGAGUUGGCCAAGAAGAAAAAGAAAAGGAUACAGACUUAUCAAGAAAGACUAAAGUGGUAGCAAAGACUGGCAAGCAGAGAAAGAAAGCUUUGAAGCUUCAGUCUGAAAAGAUCAAUCUUAAAGAAAGCAAUAAAGCCAUCAAAGAAGACGGAAAGAGAAUGCUUGAACAAAACGUCGGCUCGAGGACACAGGGGAAUAUAAAGGCCCAGACUGUAGAAAAGGAGCAAUUGUGCAAGCAGCAAAUAGGGGAGGAUAAAAUUAAAAUACAGCAGAAUACUUUGUUUGAGAAAAACAUUGAGGUGAAUUAUAAGGAGCUAAAGGAAGAAUUUGCAUGCCUUCUUCAGAUUAAAAGAGAACUGGAAGAAGAGAUUCUCAAGGUAACGGCGGACUAUGAAGUGAAACUGAGUGACCUGCAGUCACAAAUUCAGAAGCUGCAGGAGUGCAAAGCGCAGCCCCGCAAACUACAGAGGGAUAAUGGUGAGGCAGACAAAAUGGAGGAGGAUUUCAUCGACGGCAGUAAAUUAAUUGAAAAAAACACAAUGGAGCGCCCUGAGACACUUGACGCUCUUCGCACUGAUAGCGGUGCGCCGUCUGAAGUUUCUGAGCAACUGGUGCUGAAAGACAAUCGAGCGGAACGGGCGAUGGAGGAUGUGCAGUCGAUCGGCGCUUCGAACGAGGAGCGAGACGGGCGGCGGGAAGUAGUCAUGGGAACGCUGAGCACGGAACGAGCGAGCGCUCAGCUGUCCGCAGUCCUGGCCCGCGGCGGCGCUCCGAGUGGCUUGAUCCGGGAUCGUAGCCGGCAGAUUGAAUCGUUGGACGCGAGGGCGUCUGCGCCGCAGAUCGCCGAGGGAGAGCACGACCGCACUCAGCAGCAGCAGCAGCAGCGGCGUGUUACCCAGGCACUUGAAACGCGGGCUGUGAAUGAUCAGGCUCAGGUUCACGGGCAGAGGCGUUUGGUGGAGUCCUCUGCCUCAGGUCUGCAGGAGGACGGGCGCUCGCUGCAGCAGAGGGCCCCGGUGGGAGAAACCCUUCGUACGGACCCAGAGCGGAAAGCGCUAGAUUUGGCUGCAGCGGAGCAGGAAAUCCAGGCUUUGAUGGAGAGGCUGAGAAUGCUGCAUACACCACAGUCUGAAGAAAAGAGAGCGUCACAGCAAUCUGUCACUCUCCGACAGGAGGAGUUUCAGCUGCAGUUUGAGGCUCUGCGCAUCAGCCUGUCGCAGAUCUGCGCCGCGCAGCUGGAGCUGCAGAAGGAGAGUCUGCAGGCGGAGAGGGAGGCCUGUCUGCGCAGGCAGGAGCAGGAUCUGCGCUCCUCGCACGCACGCGAGCUGCAGCAGCUAUGCGAGAAGCACAGACGGGAGCUGCAGGGCUUGAAAGGCCGACAUUCAGGCCUGAGCGGGAGCUCUUGGAACUCGGAGGAGAUGAAGGCUUACUUCCAGGAGCAGCAGACCCAACUGGAGGAGCAGCACAGCCAAGAGGUCAAGCGCCUGCAGGCCUACUACCAGCAGGAGGCCAAGUAUACGGAGGAGCGCUACACGGCUGAGCUCACACAGCUUAAGCAGAGACUGCAGGGCCUCACUACGUCUCGGGCCCUGCUCAGCUUUUCAAGAGAACCACAGCUCUCUGUCCCCAAAGAGGAGGAAAGUGAGGAAUAUAAGCGCCAUGCAGAGCUGGAACAACUCACAGACCGUCACAGCAGGGAGUCACAAGCGUUAGAGCAGCAGGCCUCUCCCUCCACCGAGCAUCGCCCUGACAGCAUUAAUGGAGGAGCAUGGUCCGUCGAAGCGCAUGGGGCGGUCGAACUGAUCCAGACCCUGGAGAGGCAGCACCAGGAGAGGGUAGAGGAGGAAAUCGCUAAGGUGAUAGUGCAGAUGUCCGUUGAGUUUGCUCAACAGACAGAACAGACGAGGAUCGCCACACAAGCGAGGGAGACGAUCCCGCCCACGCAGACGCGGGCGGACGAGCUGGGGGCAGCAGGCGCAGUGCGGCGUGGGGUUCAGGGGCCAGGGCACGGGGUGGACCAGAUGGAGCAGAGCUUCACAGCAGGGCUGGAGAACAAACUGGAAAGGUCCGCAGAGGUCCUUUCCCUCAGAGUGCAGUCACAGCUGAAUGAAGCUUCUCCAGACAACCAGGGCCUGCCCUGUGGAGAGAAUGAGGAGUCUGGCCUCAGGGUAUUACCCAAACUGACAAGGGUGAACACACUACACACUGAGAAUGAAGAAGUGGACGGUAGCAAGGGAUCCCAAGGGAAAGAGGUCACCUCAGGAAGCCUGCCUCCAGGCACAAGGCAGUCAGACAUUUCUCCUGAUGUUAUUACAAAUGAGAGGAACCUGCUCCGUCAGGCGAACCAGAGCCUGCGUCAGGUGUUGAGUGAUGUUCUGAAGACCACGGCUGCCGCUGAGGAGACCAUAGGCCACUACAUGGAGGGCCUUCUGGACCCUUCCACCGGGAAGCAGCCUGAGCAGAGGCCUGCCUGGCAGGGGGGUGCAGCAGAUACCUUCAAACACUACAGCUCCCAUUCUGCUGGGCCAGGUGGAGAUGCAUUGUCAGAUAGUUGCCAUGGCAGCAGUGCGGCGGGCGAUGACGUGAGCGUGUGGUCAGGGGAGACCGAGACGGACGAAGGCCUGAUGAGCAGCCUGCACACUGGGGCAGAGCCUCAGCUAGAGAACGAGGAGUAUCUCAUGAACAUCAGCUCACGCCUCCAAGCCGCUGUGGAGAAGCUUCUGGUGGCCAUCACUGAAACCACAAACCAGCUGGAGCAUGCGCGGGUCACUCAGACGGAGCUGAUGCGGGAGUCCUUCAAAUACAGCGAGGAGAUGGCGGAGCUGCUGAGGAGGCAAGAGGAGCUGCAGGAGAGUCUGAGUGAGGAGGCCAAGGCCCGCCAGGAGCUGGCCCUGGAGCUCCACAGGGCAGAAGGUCUGAUUGACGGGUAUACGGGGGAGAGGGCUGAGUUGGAGCAGCAGCUUCAGGAAAAGCAGGGCUUGCAGCUGCACCUGGAGCAGGAGCUGCAGGUGACCAACAGCCGCCUUCAGGAGCUGGAGCAGGAGAGACAGCAGGUUCUGGAGGAGAGGGAGCUGCUGGGACGUCAACAGGGCGCCUUGAAAGAUGGCGCCGGGUCGCGUGAGCUGCGGCUAGUUGAAGCUGCAGUCGAUGUAGCACCUGAAGCAGACCUGCUGGAGGAGACCGAGAAGCUGAUGAAGGAGAAGGUGGAGGUGCAGCGACAGGCGGAGAAGGACAGCAGCGACCUCCUGGGGCAGGUGAAGUCUCUGGAGGCCGAGCUGGAGGAGCAGGUGAACAGGGGGAUGGAGUUGGAGCAGGCCCACAGGGCAGAGAGCAGUGACCUGAGGCAGCAGAUCCAGGCUCUGGAGAAACAGCUGGAGAAGAACCGCAGAUUCCUCGACGAGCAGGCGGUUGACCGGGAGCAUGAGAGAGAUGUCUUUCAGCAGGAGAUAAUGAAGUUAGAACAGCAACUGAAGAACUCACAGAAGCAACAGCCCAGUAACGGCCAAUAUGGCAAAGAGAGGGAUCAGCUGACCACGCAGCUGCAGGAGAAAUCGGAUUGGUGCAGCGAGCUCCUGCUCCGCUCUGAACAGCUGCAGAGAGACGUUCAGGAUCGCAACGAGGAAAUCGAGCGGCUGGAAAUGCGCGUGCGGGAAGUGGAGCAGGCCCUGCUCGCCAGCGCAGAGAUGCUGCAGGUGGAGCAGGAGAAACGGCCUCCACCUGCAAAGGCUACACAGAACACUACGUUGGAGGUGGAGCUGCAGACAGAGAGAGAGGCUCUGGACAGGAAGCAGAAGGAGAUUAGCAAUCUGGAGGAGCAGCUGGAGCAGUUCAGAGAGGAGCUGGAGAACAAGAGCGAGGAGGUGCAGCAGCUUCACAUGCAGCUGGAGAUCCAGAAGAAGGAGCUGAGCUCCCAGCAGCAGGAGCUGCUGCACAAGGGUGACCUGCAGAAGGUACUAGAGGAUAAGAACGAGUUACUGAGAGAGCUGGAAUCCCAGGUUGAGUGCAUGAAGGGUGAACAGGAGCGCUUGAAGAAGAACUUUGAAGAGGAAAUCGAUCAGCUUAAUGAUGUCAUUGAAAAGCUGCAACAGGAGCUGUCGGUGAUUGAACACAAACCAUCCGAUGGAUUCCUACACGACGCAGAGAGCUCAAGCACUGAGAAAAGUGAGGAAGUUCACCUCAGCAGGGAUGACUUUGAUGAGCUGAACUAUAAAAUGAAGCAGGGGACUCAGGAAUUGGAAACCUUACAGGCCAGUCACAGUUCCUUAUUGGAGAAAUACAAGUGCUUACGGGAAGAGUCGUCCAAUAUGUUGGCUGAAGGGCAAAACAACAGGCUGCUAGAGCUGGAAGAAGCCUUGCAGGAGAAAACCGCUACCUGUGUGGUCAUGCAGGCUCAGGUACAAGCCUUGGAACAAAGUGCUGGCUAUAGAAUGGCCAGUCUGAGCACACAGAUUGAGGAGCUGGAGGCUUGUGUGGACGAGAAGGACUCAGAGCUGAGGCUAUGUAGACUGCAAGUAAAACAGACACAGGAAGAGGCCGAUGUCCUAAAUCACAAAAUCUCCGAAUUGGAGGAUAAAUUCCGAGAGAAGGUGGCCGCUGUGCUGGUUAGCCACGCCGAACUGGGUGCCGUACAAGAGCAGUCAAAGGUACAAGCCAAAAGGGCCCAGAUUCAGGUAUCAGAGCAAAAGGAACAGCGCACACCAAGCGUCCAACAGGGGGAUGGAGGUAUAGUUUCUCCUCCAGGCACUCAACCAGAGGUCAAGGUCCAUGAAAAGGUGUCCACCACAAAGGUGGUACUUUUAACAGAGAAGCUGAGAGAGCUCGAGGAAGGUUUGAACAACAUGCAGAAGGACCAGGAGCUACAGAAGCAUCUGCUGUCCAGCUCAGAGGAGGAGGUAGUGGAGUAUGAGAAGAGACUGGCUGUGUUGCUGAAUCUCCUCAACCAGAUGACAACAAAACCAGGGAGCCAGAGAUCACCGCAGCCAAUUAAAGCAUCUGUGGCAGCUGUUGAAGAGGAAGCUGUUGCUUCCUCAAACCUGCUGCAGGAGGUCAGACAGGAAGCUGCUGCCACUAAAGAGGAGCUCAACAGCUGCAGGGAAAGAAGUGACAAUCUACAGGAGGAGCUACAGGAGAGAGAAAUGACAAUAGCACAGCUGAAAGAAGAGCUCCAUAUGGCGACGGAGAGAGGACCCUGUGUUACUGAAGAAGAUUCUGCUGUUGUAUCUAAACUGCUAGAGGAGGUCAGACAGGAAGCUGCUGCCACUAAAGAGGAGCUCAACAGCUGCAGGGAAAGAAGUGACAAGCUACAGGAGGAGCUACAGGAGAGAGAAAUGACAAUAGCACAGCUGAAAGAAGAGCUCCAUAUGGCGACGGAGAGAGGACCCUGUGUUACUGAAGAAGAUUCUGCUGUUGUAUCUAAACUGCUAGAGGAGGUCAGACAGGAAGCUGCUGCCACUAAAGAGGAGCUCAACAGCUACAGGGAGCGAAAUGACAAGCUACAGGAAGAGCUACAGGUCAGAGACAUAUCCAUCGCCCAGCUGCAAGAGGAGCUUAAGCAGAUAAAGGAGGCUUUCGCGAAAUCGGAAGAGGAGCAUUCGGAGAAGAUGAGAGAGACGUCCACCAAAGAGAGAAGUUCUUCUCAGAUGGACCAGGCUCCUGGUACCAAGCGGACCCACCAGACCUCCCAGACCCCCCGGGCUGCCUGCGCUGAUGCGCAAGUGCAGACGAGUCCCGUCCCACACGGCCCCCAGGUGGACUCGGAAGAAAUAGCGGAGGUGAUCGGCGAAUACACAGAGAGGAUCGAGCAGAUGCAAGACCUACACGCAGCCGAGAUCAUGGAUAUGGAGGCCAGGCACAUCUCCGAGAGCGAGAGUCUCAAGAGGGAGAAGCAGGCCUUGCAGGAGGAGUGCCGGGCCCUCAAGGCCGUCGUCAAGGAUCUCUGGGAUUCGGAGUCUGCAUCCCCUCAACCAGAGCACCUUCCACCCUCACAGUCCAGGGAUGGAUCUAUGAGUGAUAGUGGCUCGGACUGGAGUCAGCGCACUGGCUACAUCCCCCCCGUUCUGCCUCAGGAGUUCAGAACCACGCCAGAGGGAGCCAGAAGGGACCAUGAGACAGACCUACUUCCUGACAGAAUUAAGAGUUUGCUGAGGGAGGUGCACCAGGAGGGCAUGGAGGUUCUGUCCCUCUCUGAGCUGCCAAUGGGAGAAGGAGCGGGGGAGCAAGAAGAGGCUGGCACCCCACUGAAAUGCCAAGGCUGGCUGAAGGAAAGGGAGUCCUUGCUAACCACAGUGGAAAAACUGAAGGUCCUCAUAUCCACCAUGCAGAUCCACCGAGAGAGAGAGACUCACAGCCCCUUGGUCGAGGCUGGUGAAGACUGGCGGGCAGAGCUGCUGAAGGCAGUUCAGCAAGUGUUCGCAGCAGAGCGUAGUGUGUUGAAGACCUCCACAUACUCCCACCUGGAGCAAUUGGAUACCAGUGACUCUGUCAUCUGCCUCAACCAGCUGGAACAUAAACUCACUGAACAGGAGACUCGGCACAGGGAAGCUAUGGGGGGCCUUCACAGUGCAGACAGAACCAGCCUGCUGAUGGAAGUCCGUCAGCUCAAGGCCCAACUCCAGCACCUCCAGCAGGACCCCGGGAUCACGGCUUCAUUAGGUGUGGCUACGCAGCAGCCGGGUUUGGAGGAACGGGCCGGGGAGUUGUGGGACCACGAUGCCUUGCAGUCUGAGGGGAUGUUACUGGACGAGCUGAAGGCAGAGCUGGCCCAGACCAAACUGGAGCUGGAAACGACGCUGAAGGCUCAACACAAACACCUGACAGCACUGGAAACUCUGAGGACCGAGGUUUCUGAGAAGGCAGCUGAAGUGGACGUCCUAAAUAAAAAGCUGAUGGAUGAACAAAAGAAGUCAAGAGAGCUUCAGUGGGCAUUUGAAAAAGAGAAAUGUAAAUUGGAGAAAAAAGACCAGAAAGAAAGAGAAGAGCUAGAGGAUGUGAGGCUGUUGUUGAUAGAACGGGAGAGGGAAGUGGCCCAGCUGAGCGAGGCUGUCGAGAAGGAGAGGAGGACCUCCACCCAGCUCGAGCAGCAAGUGGGCCAAGGCCAGGCCCAGCACCAGUCCCUGCUGUCCCGUGAACAGAGCCGCAUUUCAGAACUGCAGGUCCAGCUGGCCUCUGCACAGGCCCGGGCUCUGGAGCUGGGAAGUGCUUUGGAGCGGGAGAGGGAGCUCAGACAGCAGCAGCUGGGGGGUCAGCAGGCCGCAGGCCAGACGAAGGCCGCGGACGAGGGUAGUCCGAUGGAGGUGGGCGUCAGCCCUGAGGAAGAGGUCCUGAAGUCCCUGCAGUCGCAGCUGGACGACAAGCACGCAAAGGUGGUGGAACUGGUGGGAGAGGUGGAAAGGCUGAAUUUAGAGUUGAUACAGGCCAAGCUGGAAUGCAGUGAGGUGGGUCAGGCAGCGCAGCACAGCCAGGAGGCCUUGCGGAAGCUGCAGGAGCAGCACCAGCAGCUGCAGGCCCGUGUGGAGGAGACGCAGCAGAAGGUGGACAGGAAGACCCAGGAGACACUUCAGCUGAGGGCGGAGAGAGACCAACUGCAGGACCAAUUGUCACAACUUCAGGGCUUCGCUGAAAUGCAGCAGCCCAGCACACAGACAUCUCAGGGCCUGUGGAAAACGGAGGACGAGCCAGUCAGUCGCACACGAGACUGGGUAUUAGGAGAGAAGGUAUCAGAGGUGGACUCCUUCUCUCGACAUGAAGUGACGGACCCUAAACUCACGGACAGGAUCACCAACCAGCUGCAGCACAUUGCUGCUAAGAUAAAAACCAUGAUGAGCGAUACCGCAGGAAGGGGGUCCCGUGAGGAGAUGGACUAUGAGGGUCUGACAUGGCUACAGAACAGUGUUCAGAGUUUGCUAUCACAGCUGCAGCAGGGACCAUCACUGCCUCUGCAGCAGGGAUCAUCACUGCAGCUACCUCCUCUGCACAGCACAGCCCUGCCCUCCAGCAGCUCCUCAAACUCGUUAACGGAGAGACUCCUGAGGCAGAACGCCGAGCUCACCGGCUUCGUCAGCCGUCUGACGGAAGAGAAGAACGACCUCCGCAACUCGCUGGUCAAACUGGAGAAAGAACUGAGGCACAACCGCUCAGGAGGAGGCCUGGUGCAAGGCGUUACAUUACAAGGCAAUUCCUGCCACAGAGGAGGUGAGCAGCAGGACAGCGUGGAGCUGCUGCUGACGUCUGCCCGUGAGGGCUGGAGCAGGGAGAGGACCAGGCUGGAGAAGUGUCUGCAGAAGGCCGAGGCCGAGGUGUCGAGGCUGAGGGGGAAGAUCCGAGCCGACUCCCUAUGGGAGUUUGCCGACCACGAUGCGGACAGCACAGCACUGAAGAGGAUCUAUGUUAAAUACCUGCGGGCAGAGAGCUUCCGGAAGGCUCUUAUUUACCAGAAGAAGUACCUGCUGCUGUUGCUGGGGAGUUUCCAGGACUGUGAGGUGGCGACGCUUUCAUUGAUUGCCAGGAUAGGUGGCCGAUCCUCCCAAAGCCUGCACGCAGCCAAUCAGAGACCAAGAGGUUUCACACGCUUCAGAUCCGUUGCGCGAGUCUUCAUUGCCCUCUCCAGAAUGAAGUACCUUGUGAAACGAUGGUAUAAGACCACAGAGGCCCACACUAACUCCUCAGCUGUCCACAGAAAUGGCCAGGUCCAGAUAACAGCCAUUGAAGAAAGAAGAGAGUCUCCGUAUCUGCACCCAGGGAGUGUGGAUGGGUAUGGAGAGCUCAGGGGUUCUAGCCGGGGCCACACAGGCAGAGACUCUGCCAGGUUUCACACAGCUCCUACAGAGACGGGUAGCCUAGCCUGCUCCCACCUCCAGAACUACGAUCCUGACAGGGCUCUGAGCGACUACAUCUCCAGGCUGGAGGCACUACAGAGGAGACUGGGAAGUGUGCAGUCAGGUUCUUGUUCCUAUGCUCAACUGCAAUUUGGAAUAAGAAGAUAAGACGUGUGCUUUUCAACUGGCUUGAAGACUUCAUCAUUUUCAUUGUGCAGAGCUGCGCUGUUUUGUAUGAUUAUCAUGUAUAUUUCCGGGACCAAAAUAAUCGUGUAAUAAUUGGCUUCCUUGCCAGCAUAUGGGACAGCUUCUGUGUCAAUGAGUCUGCUUAUCGGAUGUUCAUAAUUAUAAUCGCAAUCUAAAUGUAUAUUUGUGGAAUGCUAAUUUAAAAGUGAUUAAUUUAUACUGUAUGUUGUGUAAGUGGAAGAAAGUAUAGAAUGUUUUUGUUUUGUUUUGUUUUUUGGUGUGAAGGCUGCUGCAGGGUUUUGCUACACUGUGUGUCAUUUGACUGCUACUAUGGACAGACCACAGAAGACAUUUCUAGACAUAUUUUUGUAAAGGUAGGAGCUUUGGAUUUUAUGGGCAUUUUUCCAAAUUUAAAAUAAAGAUUAAUAUAACAUUUCAAAA